AUGGCGGCGGAAACGUCCACUUCGGCGGCCGCCGGCUCGGGCGGCGGCAGCUGGGUGGAGUCCUACACGGGGAUGUCCACGGACAACAUCAAGGGGCUGGUGCUCGCGCUCUCCUCCAGCGUCUUCAUCGGCACCAGCUUCAUCGUCAAGAAGAAGGGGCUCAGGAAGGCCGGCGCGUCCGGCGUCCGCGCAGGGGUUGGUGGGUACUCUUAUUUGUAUGAACCAUUAUGGUGGGCAGGAAUGAUUACAAUGAUCGUUGGAGAAGUUGCUAACUUUGCAGCAUAUGCGUUUGCUCCUGCUAUACUCGUCACUCCACUUGGUGCACUUAGCAUCAUCAUUAGCGCCGUUCUUGCAGACAUUAUGUUAAAGGAGAAGCUACAUAUAUUUGGUAUACUUGGAUGUGUUCUUUGUGUCGUGGGUUCAACAACUAUUGUGCUUCAUGCCCCCCAGGAGCGUGAAAUUGAGUCUGUCGCAGAAGUGUGGGAUCUUGCUACAGAACCAGCAUUUUUAUUUUAUGCGACAAUCGUGCUUGCUGCAACUUUUGUGCUCAUAUUCCGUUAUAUCCCACAGUAUGGUCAGACACAUAUCAUGGUUUAUAUUGGUGUUUGUUCACUUGUAGGAUCUCUAUCGGUCAUGAGCGUGAAAGCUCUUGGUAUAGCCUUGAAACUGACCUUUUCUGGGAUAAACCAGCUAAUCUAUCCACAGACAUGGUUGUUCGCAAUUAUUGUUGUUGCAUGUAUAUUAACACAGAUGAACUAUCUGAACAAGGCUCUUGACACAUUCAAUACGGCAGUUGUUUCACCAAUAUACUAUACUAUGUUUACAUCACUAACAAUACUGGCUAGCGUCAUAAUGUUCAAGGACUGGGAUCGUCAAAAUCCAACUCAAAUUGUGACAGAGAUGUGUGGUUUUGUGACAAUCCUUUCCGGGACAUUUCUUCUUCAUAAGACUAAAGAUAUGGUUGAUGGUCUCCCACCGACUCUGCCUAUCAGGAUUCCGAAACAUGGUGAUGAAAACGGCUAUGCGCCUGAAGGAAUUCCUCUUAGAUCCGCUGCUGAAGGCCUCCCUCUGAGGUCACCAAGGGCAGCAGAAUAA